AUGGUGUCGACGGCUGGAGGCAUCGUGAUUGCCAUUAUUGUCCUGCUAUUCGCAGGCGCCGCAGGAUGGUUCAUAUUUACACAACUGCGCGCCCGCAGACUCGGGCUCCCACCCCCAAGCUUCACAUCAUAUCUACCAUGGCAUAAAGAAGACGACGGCUACGGACCCCCGCAACCUGCACCAGGAGGUAUCGUCGGCUGGUUCAACGAUCAGUUCCGAAAGCUGAAGAACCGCAACAACCGAUCCGCCGCAGGCGCUUACGAGCAGUCCGGUGCAGCCCGCGGCCGUCGCGGCUUCGGUCCCCUCGACCCGGACGAGGCAUGGGACUCGCGCGUUGGAAACGAAGCCGACCAGUAUGGUUACUAUGAGGAGGAAGUUGGUGGCCGUGGUCGAGAUACCGCAUACGGCGGAGGCGGUUACAACAUGAACCUAGCAGCAACACCGGGACUGUCGGGUGGACGAGGAUUUGGCGAUGGAGAAGAGGACCGUGGCCGCAGGGCAAGCAGGAGUCCCACCUCAGGACCUGGUGGACGAAACCCCUUCGAUGACGAUGCUGCUGCUACGAGUUUGCGCGGCGUGAGCCCUCGACCUAUCGAAACGGGAUACGGAAAGUCCAAGCCCAGAAGUGGCAGCGCUGAAAGCAGCCCAACAGAACGACGGUCUGUGUUCAGAGAGAACAUGUGA